AGAAGAAGAAGAAAAGAAAUAGUAUUGUAUGUGGACGGGGUCAGCUGCAAAAAUGGCGUAGUUUAAGCGUUUCGGCAGUCAAAAGCUUGAUGAGAUGGAGAUCGGGGAUUAGGUCGAUCGCCCUUUUGACUAAUCUCCUUCCAGUCUCUUCUUUGCCCACCAAGUGGGAAAGCAAAGGUCCCUUUCGUGCUUCUCUCUCGAUCUCUGAAUUGUCUAUUUCCCUGGUUGCCAAGGGGUGAUUGAAGCUGAAUUUGAGCAUCGGUUGCUGGGUAGAAGGAGGAGGAGGAGGAGAAGAAGGAGUAUAGGUUUGACGAUGGAGGUGAAGCGUAGGACGGCGAAGUCCCUGGUGACGAAGCUGAGCUCUGUCUCCGAACAGACACGGACAGAGGCCCUCUGCGAGCUGCGUCUCAUCUCCAAGCAAGACGCCGACAGCCGCCCCCUCUUCGCCGACGCCGGAGCCAUCCCUUACCUCGCCGAGACCCUCUACUCCUCUUCCCACGAGGCCCAGGAGAACGCCGCCGCUACCCUUCUCAACCUCUCCAUCUCCUCCAGGGAGGCUCUCAUGUCCACCCGCGGCCUCUUCGACGCCCUCGCCCACGUCCUCCACAACCACUCCUCCACCUCCACCUCCCCAGCCGCCGUACAGUCCGCCGCCGCCACCCUCCAUAGCCUCCUCAUUGUCGACUCCUACCGCCCCAUUAUAGGUGCCAAGCGUGACAUCAUCUACGCGCUUAUCGACAUAAUCCGCAGCCCCACCUCACCUCCUCGGUCCAUCAAGGACGCGCUAAAGGCCCUCUUUGGGGUCUCCCUAUAUCCCCUCAACCGCCCCACCAUUAUCCACCUCGGCGCCGCCGGGCCUCUCUUUGGCCUCAUCCUCAAGGACGGGAGGGUCGGGAUCGUGGAGGACGCCACCGCAGUGGUCGCUCAGAUUGCCGGGUGCGAUGAGAGCGUGGAGGCCUUCCGGAAUGUCUCCGGUAUCAGCGUCCUGGUGGAUCUGCUCGACUUCUCGACGGGAUCGAGCAUGAGGAUAAAGGAGAAUGCGGUCGCUGCUCUUCUCAACCUUGCGAGGUCUGGGGGGGAGAGGGUGGUGGAUGACAUCCGAGUAAUGGGGCUCGGAGUGGUUGAUGGGAUCACUGAUGUGGCUGAACAUGGGACCACGAAAGGGAAGAGCAAGGCGGCUGCCCUGCUGGGCCUGAUUGAUUCUAAUGCCCUUGGCAGUGGCGGCGGAAGCGGAGGGAGCAGCGGGAAUCUGUUCCGAGAUUCGCCGAGGAGGUUCGAGUACUUGCUCCGCCAAUCUUCUUGAAUUGGAAUGCUUUAUUGCCAAUACAUGUUUGCCUUAGUUGUAAUUCUAUUGUAUUUGUGAAAAGGGAAUCCAUCCUAUAGAAUUGUUUUGUUCUUCCUCUCUUUAUAUAGUUUUCUUGGUCUGAGAUUGUUAGAUUAUUCAAUUAGUGCAUUUUUUUCACUUAUGUUGUAUAUAUGCUAACCCUUGAAAUCAGAAUGUUACUCACCUUACCUUCGUCUCA